AUGUCAAAACCAGCAAACCUCCCAAACAUAUACGUCCUCCCUACCCGUCUUAACGACUCCCAACGUGCAGACAUCGUCUCAAACAUCAAAUCCAAGCAUUAUACAGUCGUUGAAUCUCCUAAAGAUGCUAUCAUUUUCAUCGGUGAUGUCUUAGGUUCCAAACGUGCCCUCCUCGAACUUAGAUUCUUAGGUUUGAACACUACGGACGCCACAACUAUCAAAGUUCCCGCAAAAGGUACAAAGAUCCUCAAAGUAGUAAAACUUGAAUGGUAUGCAAAGGCCAUCAUCGAAGGUAUCGACGCCGAUAUCGACGACUACAUAAUAUAUAAUGGCAUCUAUCCAGCCAAAAGCCCGUUUAACAACCAGUCUUCGAAUACGAUAACGCCUGGAAAACGUUCAGCAAGCCCACCCACUCUUGCAGAAAAACAGGCUGAAGAUCGUUCCCGUAGUGAAUCAAUCCUACGGAGAGCUAAGGCUGCCACACACCAGGCCGCUCCGGGAACUCGUCAUCUCCGGCAUAAAGGCCCAUCACAAGACUCUCAACCUCCUCAGCCUUUCAAACGGCCAAAACUAAUAUCUCAACAAUCUACCGACUCUCAGGAAGAAGCCGAACGGGUUGCUUCAAACCUUCCACCAUUACCUCAAUGGGUCAUCAAAAAGCAAAAAUUCUCUUGCACACGUUCCACACCAGCAGACCCUCCAAAUCAAGAUUUUCUCGAUGCCCUCUUCAAGAUCCGUCUAAACCGAAUUCUCAUAUCGGAUGAAAUUGGCGUGAGAGCAUAUUCUACGUCAAUAGCCUCUAUCGCCGCAUUUCCCCACAAAAUCACACAUAUAUCACAAAUACAUGCUCUCCCUGGUUGCGAAGGGAAAAUAGGUGCCUUAUGGUAUGAAUUCACGCACUCUGAGCCUCCUGGGCGACUCGGAGUCUUGGAAGAAACCGAAAAAUCAGUAUACUACAAAACACUUGAGUUAUUCUACAACGUAUGGGGUGCAGGCGCCCACUCUGCCCAAAGUUUCUAUAAACAAGGGUUCAGAGACCUCGAUGACUUGGUUGAACACCAUUGGAAGAAAUUAACUAGAGUGCAACAAAUCGGUGUGAAAUUCUACGACGAGUUCCAAGAUAAAAUUCCUAGGGAUGAAGUCAUCUCCAUCCGAGAUGCAAUACAAAACCACGCCCGCCAGCUACUUCCCGGUGCAGAAACGGCCGUGGUCGGGGGCUUUCGAAGGGGAAAAGAACUAAGUGCCGAUGUGGAUUUAUUGAUUACACAUCCAAGAGUCUCCAAAAGUAGAGAUGUAGAAGAACUACUUGUACCUUUAGUUAAUCUAUUAGAAAAAGAAGGGCUAAUUACACAUGUGCUGACCAUCCACCAACCAUCGAGGUUUGUGGCAACUACCAGCGGCGAUGUAUGGCCCAAACGAAGUCAUCAUAAUUUCGACGGUAUUCCAAAGGUAUUAUGUGUCUGGCAACAACCAGACCUCGGAGAAGAUGAAGAAGGAGAUUCACAAAUGGAAGGCCUCGAUGAGAAGAGACUAACAGGGAAGAGAAAGAACCCGAAUCCGCAUAGAAGAGUAGAUAUCCUAUUCCCACCUCCGAGAUGUGCUGGUUCGACUUUGACAUCGUGGUCGGGAGCAACAACCUUCGAAAGAGAUUUAAGGAAAUACGUGAAGGAAUGGAAGUACUGGAAGUUUAGUAGUGAAGGUGUUACAGAUAGAGCAUCUGGAUUGAGGGUACCUGUUGGGAAGGAGAAGGGUGAAUUCAUCGGGCUGACUGAGGAGGAUGAAAAUAAUGGAGUGGAGGUAGAUGAUAACGUGGACAAUAGAGCGAGAAGAGAAGAUGGAGAAUGGAUCGGAUGGGAUGUGGAGGAGAGGAAAUUAUUCAAAUUAUUAGAAUUAGAAUGGAGAGAGCCUACGGAAAGAUGUACUGGCUGA